UUGCUCUCUGUCGCUCCUCCUCUCUGGAUACCGUCUGUCUGCACUGCAUUCAUUCAACGGAGAGGAACUUGAGUUGGAUUUUGGAAUAUAUUAUGAAGAACUUGAGGACUUAAGAGUGAUAUGUGGGAUGUGACAAAUCUUUGAACUACGGACUAAACACAGGAUUCAGUGUUCAGUAAGUUUGAGGAGGCAUCAUGGAUACGUUAGCUUUAGAGGCAAAAGUUGCCAAGAAUGACGGCACUGCUGCUCCGGCGCCCUCCAAGCCCAGACCAAAACCUCCGAAAAAAGCGAAACGAAUUGUUUACUUUGAGGUGGAGAUACUACAUAUCAAAACCCGAGAAAAACUAAUGCUCCUGGAUAAGGUAGAGCCAACAGCCACUGUUUUGGACAUUAAGUCUAUGUUCCACAAAUCAAAUCCACACUGGUAUCCUGCCAGACAGUCUUUAAGCCUGGACCCAAAAGGGAAACCCUUAAGAGACGAGGAAAUCCUUCAGGAGCUCCCAGUGGGAACCACUACAACCUUCUACUUCAGAGACCUGGGACCUCAGAUUGCCUGGGGAACUGUGUUCCUGGUCGAGUGCAUUGGACCACUUGUCAUAUACCUGAUGUUUUAUUUUCGACUCCCUUUCAUCUACGCUCACAAGUAUGAGUUCACCGCCAGUAAGCAUUUGGUUGUGCAUAUAGCCUGUAUAUGUCACUCCUUCCACUAUGGGAAGCGCAUCUUGGAGACGUUGUUCGUCCAUCGCUUCUCCCACGGCACCAUGCCGAUGCGGAACAUUUUUAAAAACUGCUUCUUUUACUGGUGCUCUGCAGCAUGGAUGGCUUACUACAUCAAUCACCCUCUCUACACACCGCCAUAUUAUGGGGAGAAGCAGGUGAAAGCAGCGUUGGGAAUCUUUCUAUUUUGUCAACUUGGCAGCUUCUCGAUUCACAUGGCUCUGCGAAGUCUCAAACUAUCUGGCCCUAAGAAUAAGAAGAUUCCUUAUCCAACCAAGAAUCCUUUUACAUGGAUAUUUGUACUUGUUUCUUGCCCAAACUACACAUAUGAGCUGGGCUCCUGGCUUGGAUUCACACUGAUGACCCAGUGUGUGCCCGUGUUGUUCUUCACUGUGGUGGGAUUCAUACAGAUGACGGUUUGGGCCAAAGGAAAGCAUCGCAGCUACCUGAAGGAGUUCAAAGAGUAUCCCACUCUGCGCUCCCCAAUCCUACCUUUCAUCCUUUAGCUGGAAAAAACACCACUGAAAAUGAGAUUUGUUUUGUUUUUUUACAAAUAUAAAUCUGUAUUUUGCUAGUUUAUACAUAUACAGCAAGUCUUAAUAUAUAUUAUUGUAUGAAAUAACUGCAGUAAAUUAUGAGACACUCAAGUCGUUCUAUUUUAAUAAUAAUAAAUUAAAAAGUUGAUUUUAUUUUUAUUGUUCAUAUACAUGAAUACAGAAAAUUGUGCAAAUGUAUGGAAGUAAAAACACUCAAUUAGCAUACACUACCAUUCAAAAGUCUUUUGUUCACCAAAGCUGCAUUUAUUUGAUGAAAAAUACAUGAAUAAUGUGAAAUAUUAUAAUUUAAAA